AUGUCAAAGGCCAUCAACUCGCCCACGGGCAGGCUCCUGCGCAAUUCGCGUCUGUUCUCUCUGCCGCCACCUCUGCCUGCCGCCCCGAUUGCCAACUCGACGGCUGGACAGAUUCUGCGCACCUCGGACACGGCCACACAACCCUAUCCCACCCACCAGGCCAUCUCAGCUCCCGCCUCGUCACGACACCGUGGAGACUGGGGUCUCAAGCGUCCUCUACCCGACAGAGCCAUCCCCAAGAACACUCCCCACAUCCGAAUCAAGGCCAUCGACACACUCGAGCACAUCACCGACUUUGAGUCGGCCGCCAAUCACACCCAGUCGCUCGCAAAAUGGCAGGACAUGAACAUCCCUCUUUCUCUUCCGCCCAACGCUCGCACCUCAAUCGUUGCCACAAACUACAAGACUCGCCCGAAUGCUUUCAUCCAAGACUAUGACAACACCACUCUGCAACCCCACGGCAGCGAAGAGACGACUUUCACGGCAGAGCGUGCUCUUCGUGAGAGGAGUCGCGGAGAUGCCGUUCAGGCACGAUGGAAGACCCAAGGUCCCCACCUCACCAGCAUGACCGAGGAGGAGUUUGACCGCUAUCUCAUGAACCUCGUCCGCCAGCACAAGUCCGAAUUCCGCAAGUUCCUCGAGGCUGUCAAGAUGGACAAGAAGCGCAAGCACCAGGAAGCCUUGAUGCGCGAUCACGCAGAUCCCAACACCUUUGAACUCGAGCUGCAACUCAGGAGUCGCAUGGACAAGGGCGAGCUGGACCAAUGGAUCAAAGAGCUGCGUGACGACCACCACGAUUUGAGUUCGGAGCUUUCUACUCUGGUCCGCGAAUUCUUCGAUCUGCCCGCCUUCCCCCCUGCUGCCAGACAGUCCAGCGCUCUUGGUCUUGCCAAUGAGAUUUCUGUCGGAACAAAGACGGAUGCUGGACCUCCAUCAACUCAUCCCUCGGCUGGUCUUUCUUACCUGCUUACCAAUGCCAUCGUCAACAACCACCCCAAAUAUGGUCCUCAGAGCGACCGUGAGCCUGUCGAGGCUCGUGUACUACGGACAAGUGAGGGUAACCGCAGCAGAGACACCAAGGCAAAUGUUGGUCUCGGUGGCUUCGUCACUUCUAUUCAGCCUGGCACACAACCCGGCCAAAGCCGUUUCAAGGACACUGCCAGAGCACCGAAGGAAGCUGCCCCUCUACACCGUCUGGACCUGUCGCUCACUGGUGGCAACAAGGUCUGGCUGCAGCCCAGAUCUGCAUAUGUCGAUGAGGAAGGCCGCAUUAGAAUCGAUGUUGGUGAGGCAAGCCCGCAGCAGGUGGACAUCAAGAUGGGCAAGGAGAUCAAGGAGGAGCAACCGAUGUACUCGGCAAUUCCUGGCAGACAGGACCAGCCUCUUGACAACUUCAGACCGGCGAGAUAUGGCACUGCUUUGCCAGACGAGAGAUUGCGUCAAACUCGUCCCAAGCCUUUUGAGCGUAACGAGACCGAUUACAAGUCUGGUCUGGCGCAGAUUGAGGCUUUGGCCAAGGGCAGGCAGCAGCAGUGA